UGGCAAAGCAGAAUCUUUCUACCAUGGGUCUUUUUUUGAGUCUGGUUUCAUUGAGUGUUUACAUUCAAGGAUCUGCUGCAGGAUGUACCUCAGGUGAAAUUCUGACCUGCAGCCUUCAGUAUCACAGUGCUUACAGAGCUGCUGCAUUUAAUCAUAGAAAAGUGUGCAGUGCAGCAUACCAACUUCUUGACUGUAUGGACAAUGUGUUAUCUGCAUGUGGUUCUGAUCUCCUCUCUAGAACGGUCGCUAACCAAGCAAAACAAUACAACAACCAAGCCAGGCAAGCCCUGGCCCAAUACGGAUGUGGAAAUAGUGCAGACAGUCUCCCAUUCAAUCUGGCGAUCAUGGCUUUUGGACUCGGAUUUUACAUACUUUUUUCAAACCUCGUUAAUUAAAGUAAUCAGAGCAGCGCAUUACUCAAAUGACUGUAACCAUAUUUGUACACAAAAACACAAAAUUUGAUAACUGAUAACUA